AAGGACUUGAAAGAUGAUUUUAGAUGCGCACGACCAUCGGAACGUCGAACAUGGUGUGUUUCGAUGGCAAGGGUCGUAUUCGAAAAUAUAAUUCUCCCUAAGAAAUUCUUCAGGAACUUUAAACAUACAGGCUCGGAUAUUAGAAGUGGAAG